UUUUUUUUCAUUAAUAUAUAGAAUCCUUGAUAUGCAAACAGUUUUAAAUGCAGAGAAGUUUCGAAGUUUCUCAGUAGAAAAAGUUAAGGAAUCUGAACCACCUGUAAUUGUUGACAACAAUGAAAAGAAUUUCAUAAUUUUUAUCGCGGUCAUUGUGGUGUUGGUUUUCAUAUUGAUCAUUAUGCUGAUUCUAUUUUAUACAAGUAGUCGCAGACUUUACAGGAAAUUAAGAGCAGCUAAAACCGCUACAAAUCCACCAGAUGAAACACCUGAAGAUGCAUACCCUGGAACCAAUUUGUAUUCAGAUGGACAGAUUAAUCCAUUAUACAACAAUUUCGAUGAAAAUGACAUGGGUGGUCCCUUACCAGAUAAAGAGAGUUUGAACAAAUUUGAUGGUAUGUAUCAUAAAAAUAUCAAUGCUGCACCAGACAAUUUUAACAACUUUGAUGAUGACCCAACAUAUUCAAUGCCAGAAGACAACUCCAAAUUAGAUCUGGACAGUGUUAUCAAAGAACGUGAUGCAGAAAUGAAUAGGGCAAACAAUAAUUCUAUGACUCCUUAUUAUAAUCCAGAUCCUGAUCUAGAUGUUGAAGCUACUGAAGUAUAACAAGCUAAAUAUUAUAUUUGCUUGUGAAUGUAAAAGAAAAUUAAUAAAUCCCAUCAAUAGUUAAUGUUUUUGAUUUUGAACAUUUCAUCAAAAUCAAAAACACAUAUUGGAUAAAUAUAUUCAUACAUUUAUAUGUAUUUUGUGUGUGCCUUUAUAUGCAUAUAUAUAUAUAUAUAGGGUCAUCCCAUAAUGCGUUUUUUUUGCACUUCUUUCAUUUUUCAAAAUUAAGAUAAACAAAGUUCUUUUCAAUCACAAAAAUACUCUCCUUCAUUUUCCACAAUGCUCUUCCAUCUAUCUAGUAGACUUGCAAGGCCCCUCUUCCAAAAUUCACUUGUCCAUGAUGAAAAAUACUCCUCAAGUACUGUUCUGACCUCCUCUACAGAAUUCAUAUUUUUUUCCGUCCAAAUGAUUUUGAAGAUUGAAGAAUAAAUGGGUGGGGCAUCAUUUCCCAUUCAAACUGCUCCAGCCUUUGGAACAUCAUCCUCACAGUAUGUGGCUGAGCAUUAUCCUAAUGAAAGAACAUCUUUUGUCUUGAAACCAAAGAUGGUCGUUUUUCUUUGUGUGCUGGUGUCAAUGAAUGGUAGAAUGACCAAAUGCAAGCUUCUCUGGUAGUUCCUCAACAGUUACAAUGGGAUUUUGUUCCACCAGAGUUUUUGCAGGAUGUCUUCAUCAAGCUGUACAGAUCUUCCAGGACAAGGUUCAUCUUCUAGGCUGUAGUUUCUGGCUCGAAAUUUCUGGAACCUUCAUUGACACUGGCUUACGCUUAUUGUCCGAUCCCCAUAUACUGCAUUAAUAUUCCUCGCACAUUCCAUUGCAUUGUUGCAUUUAUUGAACUCAUAAAGCAAAAUAUGCUGAAUAUUCUCCUUUGUCACUUCCAUUAUAGCUUUGAAAAAAUAACUGUUAAAAUUACUACCUGCUUUUAUAACAAGUUGAUGCAUUUAGUUUAUCUGGUCCCUCUCUGACUUUUAGUUCAUGCAAUCGAAAAAAACGCAUUAUUUAUGGGAUGACCCAAUAUAUAGUAUAAAUAGAAGUUGAAAAUGCACUGAGAGUAGUUAAAAUGUCUCUUUAUUAUAUUUAAAAAUUUAACUGGUUUCACAGUUUACACUGAUUUUCAAAUAGUUGAAAUAGAAAGAUGUGGCCUAUGUUGCCACUUUCUAUUUCAACUAUUAGAAAAUCAGUGCAAACUGUGAGACCAGUUAAAUCUUUAAAUAUAAGAAAAAAAAUAUUUUAACUAUUCUCAGUACAUUUCCAGCUUCUAUUUUUUCCUACAUUUCUACUCUUGUGGAAUAAAUUAAUUUUGUUUUCUCUCUCUCUCUCUCUGUGUGUGUGUGUGUGUGUGUGUGUGUGUGUGUGUGUGUGUGAUUGUGUGUGUGUGUGUGUGCAUGCGUGCGAUCUAUUUUUAUAAUUAACCACUUUUUAUAAUAUUACAUAAAAUUUUUAUCAUGAUUAUUCAAAAGCAUUUCAUAGUUGUUAAAAUAUCUAUAGUGUAAUAUAUUGAAGUUAUUCAGCUUUUAAGUCAUCAUCUUAUCUUGAGAGCCAAGCAUGACUUUUUUAGCUAUGUGUUAUUUUAAAUUUAUCAUGGAAUUGUCUACCAUACAACAGCCAAAACAGGUUGAACUCCAUCUGUAUCAGUUCUUUUGUCAAAGCUGAUUGAGAAGGAAAGAUACUUCAGGCUCAUAUGAAGAUCUGAACUGAGCAUUGCAAGCUAAUGAAUCUCUUAUUAUUAAUUACUUAAUAUUAUUCUUACUUUCUAUGAUGUACUGUAAUAACACCAAAGUACCUAUUUCUAAAUAAAAUGACUAAGUCAGCCAUUUACAGGUUAAAAAUCUUGGCAAUGUAUAUGGCUGAUGAUGGUAUAUUAAUCAGCAGCCUCUUGAUAGAUAGUCUAACGCCCUAUAAGCUCAGCCAAGCAGCAUUUUUUACAUCAGCAGUGCAAGGAACUGUGGUAAGAAUUUUUGAUUGAGUGUUAAUUUUGUAAAUAGAAUUUUUAACAAAAAUAUUUGUAUAUCCUGAAAACUGUGUAAAAAUAAAUUUAUUUAAAAAAGUAA